GCAGGACUCCAUCUGAGGCAUAAGCUUUAUCGGACAUGUAUCCUACUGCGGUCCGAUCAGACUCAGCUCGGUCAGUUUGGCACAAAGGAAGGAAAAAAAGAAGUGUGUGUUUGUGUCGAUGUUUUUACCCAGACUGAAGGAGCAGAUGUGGAUGCAGCAGCAGCAGACGCCCGUUAGACAGCGAAUAACGAGGAAAAGGAUGGGCUGAGGGAGGACGGCGGGCACCAGGCCGCAGAUAGCGUGCACGCACACACACACCAGCAGUACGGGACGCUUCCCAUACCUGCAGAAACACGUCACAGUAAAGUAAGAGCUCUGUGGAGGAGCUUCAAUCACAACAUGUGUGAGUUUGUGUGUUACCUGUCAGAUAUGGCUCCUCCCACCAGAGAUCCCAGCAGCAGACCGAUCAUGAAGAGAGUCUGACCAAAGGACAACCAGUCUGCCCAGCCACACACUGACUGACACACACAGACGCACACACAGACGCACACAUAAUGUACAUUAGCUGAUAACCUGCAGAAUGCAUAUGUACUGUAGACCUGAGGGCAAAAACAGACCUCACUGACCUCUCUUCACACAGCUGCAACAACCAACGAACAAACACUCUCUGAGUUUGGACGUUUUUAUCUCAUAUUUUAACAUGAACUGUGUUUUUGUGACAUUUGAUGUUUCUUUAAAAUAUUCCACAUGUCACAUUGAAAUGAAAUAACUCCGACUGAGUCAGGCAUGGUGCAGCUUUCAAACCUCCAUAUGGAUCAUAUCUCUGAGAAAUGUAAACUAACACUGAGGCUAUAAGCAUUACGGCUAUUUGUGGAGCAAUGACCACUGAGUGCAGAGGAAACACUGAGAGUAUUUCAACAGUGCUGAUGAAAACUGUCUAUAUUCCUGAUUAUUGAACUACACACUUUGGGAUCGAAAAAGUCAUUUAAAAUCUGAACGGCGUGAUUUUAAAUUCAUUUAAGAUGAUAAUAACCCAGCUCAUGUGAAGAGAUGAUGAUGAAGAGUCACACUGAGGCACCAUAUUAGGGGCAGUUAUGGUGAAGAGGCGGUGGGCCCCUGUGUGAUUUCUGUUUCUUUUCAGGGGCCCUGAAUCCCUGGAGGUGCCCCGUGAGCAGAUAUCUAACUCAAGGUUAGUGAGCGAACAAAGACUCUCUCCUAAACAGUUAUUUUCCUCUAACAUUUGACAGAAGCGGUGAGCAUUAACAGCCUCAUGUUCACAUAUUAACAUGAAACGGUCAUCUGUGUCUGUUGUGCAACAUGUCUUCAUUUUAUAAUUUUCCUCCAAACGUAGAAAAACACAAAUGUUUGAAUUAUAACUUUAAAAACAUGAGAUUUAUUUUACUUUUUACUCAAUAAACCGAUGAAAAGUUGGUCGAAUAUUAAAAGUAGAUUCAAAAGUUCUCCUGACUCACGUUUCUGUUACCGCUGUCUGUCCACCAAUCAGCGUCGCCGGCUGAAGCUUCCCCGGCCUGUGAUUGGUUGGUCUCAGCGUUCGGCCAGGAGUCCACGCCGGUGCCGUUGCCAUAGUGACAGGUAGCGGCGGUGAUGGCGGUCGUGAAAAUGUCGAGAAAGAAGAGAAAAGGGGAAAGGAUGAAAACCAAGGAGAGGCGGCAGAAGACGGAGAGCUGCAGCGGAGACAGGAGCCCUCUGAGGUGAGACACGACCCUCAUGGUCCUCCACAACUCCAACAAAAGUUCGUCCCGGGUUUGAAAGGAGGAUUUUCAGGAGCUCCCCAUUUUGUUUACGUCUUUGUCAGAGGUCCAAGUCCGCUCAGGUCUGUGUGUAUGUCUGUGUGUGUUUGUGUGUGUGUGUGCUGAACAGCUGCUGCUGUCACCAGGAAUGUUGUUGACCUGCCAAACGGAUGGACGGCAGCAAAGAAGGGUUCACUUUAAGGUGAACUUUCGUCCAGAGAGUUAACCCCGCCCCUUUUACCUUAUAUGGACAGGAAACAGGGGAGGUCACGCAGUGCAGCGGUAAAGCGGCAUCUUGUGGUUAUGUGGAGUAACGCACCUACAUUAGGGAAUGCAAAGAGGGCAAACAUUAACCUCCUUUUUCCUUCCACGAAGGUUAUAAUUAGUAAGGAGGUCAAGGAGUUUAUUUUUGAGGUUGUAGAUACUUUCUGCUAUAAAAACAUCUGAAACAUGUUCACUCAUUAAACAACAGGAGCGCUUCAUGUUUCUGUCAGGGGGGAGAGGUUCUUUUACAGAAGAGGAAAGUUUAGACACUCAUGUUAGUGUGAUUAAAUAGUUUUUGUUGUAUUUUUAAACAUAGAGGUGUUUAAUCAGUAGAUUUGUCUUUGACAGUGUUGAACCGUGCUACAUUCUCACAAAACUCAAACUAUAGAUUGGUGAAGAACUUUUUUUGUAAAGAAUUUUUAUCUAGUCUCAGAAUUAUUAAGAAUUUAAGGAAUUUAAAGGGAUAUUCCGGCGUAAAAUUAAUUUAGGGUCAAACACACCAUAACACCGAGUUAGACACCCCCUCCAGAGAUGAAUGUUGUUAGUUAUACCAACUUUAGUAACGACCGCUCGAUAACAAUACAGAGAGCCACACACUCAACCAAAACACCACUCUAUAUCCACAAAUAAUGCUCAGAACAGCACCUAACUUCAUCAACAGGACAUAUAGGGUCACAGCCAUAGUACUAGACUCCAAACAUCUUUUUAACUUUGACUCAUUUCUUUAGCAAAGAGACUAAACACAACUCACCUCCUCUCUUCCAGCAGCCGCUUGUUUGUACAGAGACCUCAGGCCAGUCCAUUAUGGACUACAGCGGGGUGACGCAGCUCAAGGAAGAACAUUUAUGAUCAUUUCUUCAUGGAAAUACAAUCAGACCGAGACGCUAAGGCAGAAGAACUACCGUGUCUGCAGUGUAAAAUGAUUAAUAUGAUGAUUAUUACUUCGAGGAAAUGAUAAAGUAAUGAUCAUAAUUGUUCUUCCUUGAGCUGCGACACCCCGCUGUAGUCCGUAAUGGACUGGCCUGAGGUCUCUGUACAAACAAGCGGCUGCUGGAAGAGAGUAGGUGAGUUGUGUUUAGUCUCUUUGCUAAAGAAAUUAGGCAAUAGAGCUAUAGAGUGGCGUUUUGGUUGAGUGCGUGGGGGUGUCUAACUCGGUGUUACGGUGUGUUAAAUUUACGCCGGAAUAUUUCUUUGAGGAAGUAGGAAAGUAGAGACCAUCAUAACAUUAACACAAACAGUUUUGGAGUAAACAUGUUUAAUAAAUCCAGGUUAUGUAUAACUUAAUACUAUUCAAGAGUCAACUUAGUUUUUACAUUUUACAUGAGUUACUUAACGUAAAAAAGGCUAUACAGAUGAAAAACGACGGCAGACAUUCAUUACAGAUAUUAUGAUUACAUACUAAAAAGUCUGAGCAAGGACAUAUCGGUUUGUUUUACUGCAAAAGAAAAGAACAUGAUUAAAAAAACUUGGCUUUUAACAGAUGUUAAGGAUUUCUCCUUCGUUUCGUGUUUUUUUUUAUCAUUCACAAAAUCCUUUUUAGUCUUUAUCCGUUUACAUCAGUCACAAAAGCAAAGACCAUUUCUGUCGUUACGAUCUAAAAACAUUCGUCUAAAAAAAGGAAGCGUCUCUGUGCCCCUGGUUUUAGUCCACAUCGUAGAUGGAUCAAACAGGUUUAGGGUCUCUGUGGGCGAUAUUAAUCUGUGCACUGGUAAGACAAAACUCUCUGUCCAUAUCCCAUCAGGCUUUGCUACUGGUCGAUCGAUGAACCUCCGUCACCACUGUGGACAUGGCUGAGAUGGGCGUGGAGUAAGUGGAGGCCAUGCUCUGCAGACCGGCCAUCAGGCAUCGCCAGCUGAACCGCAGCGCCUUCCCCACGUUCUGCAAGACGAAACACAGGGAGCAAAAACCCACAGGUAAAUAACAGACACAACACAGGGAAUAAAACCCGCAGGUAUUCAUCAACACUGACUGUCAAUCUUCAGCGUUUUUAUGGGUCGAGUGUUUUGGUUUGUGGUCAAGAUUUAUGAGCUUCUGUUUGCAGGUUCAAAUAGUCAACAUCCCUCCUGCCGACCAUCAGAUCUUCACAAACACACAGCUGUUAGGAUGCUGUUUGCUCACAGACUAAACAAACAAGAUACAGCUUGCUUCUCUGUGAAUUGGUGUUAAACCGGGUUAUCUGCAGCGACCUGCCUGUGUGCGUGAACAAAUGAGUAAAUCUGCACACGCACAUGUAUCUGGAGCUGGAAGAAAAGUAGCGUUCCUCCUCAUGGUGGUCAUAAACUCAUCCUGAUAGAGAACUAAACUGAACAUCCUACGAUAUCUGCGUUUUAUGGAUUGUUGUAUCAUCGACUUCUUAAACCACGCCGUCAUCUGCAGUGAAGAUCCUCUACUUUGCUCCUCUCCGUGUCCGUCUUUAUCAUAUCAGACUGAUUAAGCAGAGUGUCGGGGGUCAAAGGUCAAAGUCACUCUGCUGAGUCAAUGUUUUCCACCGUGGCUUCGCUUAAAGUCCAGAUACAGAUUUUCAUUCUGUUGACAGUCAGGUAGAGUUAGAAACAGACCUGUGAGUAACUUGAGGACUGUCACAGGUUUGUGUUUUUGUCUGUAUAUCUCAGACACGUGUUUGUUCAUUUUAUAGUUUUAUAGUUUUAUAUUUAUAUUUCAGUAUCGUAACUGUUUAUCUCUGUGCAUGUUGAUUUCACCUGGGUGACGUCCAGCCAAUCAGGAGGUGUUGUGGGUGGGACAUCAAGUGAGACAGAGUGACAACAGACCCUGACAGACAUGCAUCCGAGCUAAAGCAGAACGUUUGAUUUGAUUAUUUAAUCAGAGAUCGUUUUUUUAUCAGCGCUGACAGAUAAUCUGACAAAACAAUAAAUUGAGCAUCAAUAAUUGACCCGACCAAUAAUCGAUCAAACCUCUAAAGGAUUGUAAAAUGUCUCUCACACUUCUACAGGUCAAAGGUCAUCACUUCCCCCUACCUUCCUGUACUUCUUGUACUUCUUCUUCUUCUUCCUCUUCUUCUCCUCCUUCCUCCUCCUCCUCUCCUCCUGCGUCUCCUGUAUCUCCUCCUCCUCCUCCUCCUCUUCGAUCAGAGGCUCAUAUCGAUCCGGCAGGAUGGCGAAAUAAACUUCUUUGGAGGUUUUCUGAUGUUUCCUGUUGACCGAAGGAGCGGCGUCCUCCUCCUUCUGCGGCGCUCCCAUUCCUCUGUCCGACUCCUUUCUUCUGUCUCUCCGCUGACCUCCUCGAGUUCAGGCAGGAGGACCUUUGGAUUGAGGAGGAGUCAAACUUUAUGAGUGGCCUGCAGCAAGUUUGAGACUCAGGAAACUCUGUGAGCUCUGACAUUAAACGCAGAAAUAACCGGAUUAGAGGAGGAAUGUGGAGAGUUUCACAGCUCCACUUUUUGAGCUUUAACUCACCUGAGCAGCAGAAGUUUGAGCAGCAGUUGGUGCUUUUCCCCCGUAUUUUACUUUCUGCUGUUUGUUUUACAGAACAAACAACAAAACUGAAACACUGACAGGCUGAGUCAACAGACAAAAACUAGAAAAACACCUCACUUACACAGAAAGACUGUUGGAAGUCUUUUUUUAACUGUCAACAACUGAAACUUUUGACUUUAAUGUGUCUUAUUUUGAAAGUUUUACAAACAUAGAGGAUCAUAGAAUCAUAGAGGAGUCAGACCUUUUGGAAAAUAGAGGGUUUUUUUAGACUUAAAGGUUCACUCUGACAUAGAUCUCACGUUUAUGUCUGAUGGAGGCAGGAUGUGGUCAGGUUAGUUUAGAGUAAACACUUAGACGGGUGGUCUAAGUGGUUCAAAUGCAGCCACCUCCACCUGCUGGGCAAAAAUGAAGCCAAAAUACCCCCACAGCAGGCGCCGACGUGUUUGAGGUCGACUGGUUUUAGCUGCAGUUCUAACGUCCCGCCUCUUUCUUUAACCAAACCCAUGUUUAAGCAGCCGAUAAAGUGACAGAGACCCCUCAGGUGGGUCCAGCCCACAGGAGGCGGGGCUUAUGCUGAGUUAAGUUACCUCAGAAGUCAGGAGUCCGAGCUGAAAAUGAUGUCACACUCAAGUUCCCAGCAUUACAAUAACUUUCGUAGAAGUAGCCAUCUUGUUUCCGCCUCUGAUUUUGCUUUUUUGCGACUUGGUAACUGAAACGCUGGGAACUCGGGUGUGACGUCAUUUUCAGCUCCGACUUCUGACUUCUGAGGUAACUCAAACACACUGUUAUUACCAGCAUUACAGCAAGUCACCAGGGGGCGCUGUUGAUGUUUCCUCUUCACUUUUGUGGAGCUGUGAUGUCGUCCCUCUUUUUAAAAAACACUUUAGUUUGUGUUAACUCAGUUCUCUGUGUUAGCAUGCUAACAAAAGUGAAGGCUCAAGACUCACUUUUUUGACCAGGCUUUUUACUAAUUGCCAUUUUAGAUUUCUCUUAUUGCAAAUGUUUAUUUUAAUCAAAGUUCUUAAUGUUUAUUUUAUGUCAUUCUAUUCAUUAUCUCUGUUCGUAGCCUUUUUUAAUUUCCCGUCACAGGUUUUUACUUCUUUAUUUAUUUUUUCAUUUAAUAUAAUUAUUUUCUUAUUUUAGUCCAUCAGGUUUUUACUCUUUUCACCAUUUUUAUCUCUAUUUUUAUCUCCAGUGGUUCCUCAUGUAAUGUCUCGGUGUCAGGCCAUGUCUCUUUAAAAUUUUAUCUUAAAUUCUCACACUGUGUACGGUUGUGUGUGUGUGUGUGUGUGUGUGUGUGUAUGUGUGGGUGAGUGAGGGUGGGUGUGUGUCUCUGUGUGUGUGUGGGUCCAUGGGUGUGUGUGUGGGUGGAAGGGUUGGGUUUUUGUCUUUAUUGUUGUUUUUACUUUGAAUUGCGUCUCCUUUUGUAUGAAAAGUACCGUAUAAAUAAAGUUGAAUUGAAUUGAACAUUAGCUAACCAGAAGUGAUAAAAACGUCUUCAGCUCUGUAUCAUCAAUCUAAUCUCAGCCACAGAGCUUAAAACAGAGCGACCGUUUCCCCGCCUGAAUGACUGUUUUUAACGUGAAGAGCUGCAGACGGACAGAAAGCCUCAUGGUUCCUCUUUUUCUCAGUGUUUCUGUAGUAAGUGAAGCGCUGAGAGCCGCAGGCAGAGACAGAGAGGAUUAAGGCAGGAGAGCAAUAUUUGAACAUACCUGAGCUGAGCUGCUCCAUGAAGACAGAAAACACAUCAGGACACUUUUCUUUGUUAAAACACCACCAGAGUGAAAAUAAACGAGUUUUAUUGUCUUAAAAACAUCUACGUGUCAGACGAGACAGAGACAGAGAAGCUUAUUUAAUGUGCAGCCGUCUUCAAAUGAUUCCAGUUCAACAACUUCAUAGCAGUAGUGUGUAGCUCCAGCUCUUUAAUGUCCAGUGCUUCAUGGUGCAUCAUGGGAUUUUGACGGCCUUUGACCCUGCAGAGACACAGGUGGUCAGAAAAAGCGAGGCACGGAUGCACAAACACAGAUAAACAGUCGAAUCUACUGAACGGAUCUAAACGACGACAGCGAGGAGGAUGAUGGAAAAUUCAAGAUGACUCACUGACAUUUGACCACACACACACACACACACACAGACACAGACACACACACGUCGGUUUCAAAGUCAGAGUUUGUUCAGAAACCUUUCAGCUCUGACAGGAUGUGUGUGUGUGUUUCUGUGUGUGUGUUUUGUGCGUGUUGUGUGUGUGAUAACAGCAGUUUGGUUUCAGUGGUUUUUGUUCAUUAAGUCUCGAGUUUCAUUUGUCGUCACUCUGAGGGAGUUACUGACCUGAAAAACUGAAACCAACCCGCUCGACUGACUGUAGCUACGCUUUUACAUCCAACUGACCUCAAACUGAGUUGAACUGAAUCUCAGACUCGACGAAGUUCAGACUUUCAUGAAAACGCACAGAGAGGCUUUAUGAGAGGAGACCUAAAGGAUCGAUCUGAUGUUUCUGCAGCUUCAACGCUGAUCGUGCAGAAACGGUGUUUUGAUCAGGGUCACUUUCAUUCAAAAUAACUGGUUAUUUAAACACGGCAGGAAUGCCGCUCUGUCCUGAGAUGAAGCCUGAAAUAGUGAGAGGACAUCUCCCAUCUGUUUUAUACAUUAAAGGGACAUUCUGGCGGAAAAUUGGUGAGAACACUGUAACACCGAGUUAGACACCCCCUCCAGAGAUGAAUGUUGUUGACCGCUUGCUUCUCUAGUUAUACCAACUUUAGUAACGACCGCAGGAUAGCAAUACACAGCGGUCUGAGUAGUCAUAAACAAACCCCAACCAAAUACGCCACUCUAUAGCCACAAAUAAUGCUCAGAAAGGCACCUAACUUCAUCAAAAGGACAUAUAGGGUCCCAGCCAUAGUACUAGACACCAAACAUCUUUUUAACUUUGACUCAUUUCUUUAGCAAAGAGACUAAACACAACUCACCUACUCUCUUCCAGCAGCCGCUAUCCUGCAGCCGUUACUAAAGUUGGUAUAACUAGAGAAGUAAGCGGUCGGCAACAUUCGUAUCUGGAGGGGGUGUCUAACUCAGUGUUACGGUGUGUUUGACCCUAAAUUAAUUUUACACCGGAAUGUCCCUUUAAAAGCCGAGGCAGGGAGAGCAUCAGCAAAGUCAGACACAGCUGAGCUGAGCUGAGAUCAGCUGAUGAGCUUAAUCCAACUGUGAUCUCUCUCAUCCAAACUUCGGUUUAGUUCAUGAGUACUUUAUUCUUCUUCAUAAUAUUUGUCUCUCUUACGUUUGUGUCAGGCAGAGUGAUGGUCAGCCCGGCCGGGGUCUUCGCCCUCAGACUCAGCUUCUUCUUCCACAGGUAAUAAAACUCCACACACUGAGAGAGCGACUUUGUCUGAACCUGAAAACAACACAACACACACCAUCGGCACAAUCCCACACAGAGUUACACACACAGAUGCUCGCACAGACAGUGAGACUCACAGUUUUCUGGAUGUUUCUGAAGUCUUUACGAUGAAGCUGCAGAGAUUUCAGCAGCAGACGCCUCUCUGCGGCGCUCCAGCACACACCUACAGAUAAGAGGAGAGCAGAAGAUGCUAAACGACUUAAAUACUAAAGUAAAAUAACAGCAUGUCUCUCUAAAUAUAGAAUAUAAGAGUGGAUACUUGGGCUUUGUUGGGCUGUGUGGUUGUUGUUGUUGGACAGCAGCUUUUCCACCGUCAGCUGGAGGACGAAAAACAACAAAAUAUCUCAAAACGAGAAAAAAGCAAAAUCCAGACACACAAAUUUACAUCGACAAAAUCAGUCUCAUUCAAGCUCCUGCCAAACUGCAGAUCAGAUUUUACCAGGAAGUCUCCUCUGCACUCUGAUAGGACCUGGAGGGCCGUCUCCGGGCUGGCCCCGCCCCCUGGCAUCACACUGGAGCACGCCAUCAACAUCAGCGCUUCAACUGAACAAAACGUGUGUCAAUCAAGUUAAUCAGCCAAUCACAUCUUUGAUGAUAUCAGUGUGAAAAACGAGCGUUUGUAUCCUACCUGACUGUUGAUCGACAGGCCGCUCCAGCUCCUCCAAAGGCCUCCACACCAGCAAUGCAUUAUGGGAGUCAGCAUGAGCAUCAUUCUGGACCUGCAGAGGCGGGAUUUCAGCCUGGUUGUCCUGCCCCAAAUUGAUCCGCCUGUGAUUGACAGCUCAGUGUGAACAGGUGAUCAGAGACAUGAUCAAACAAAAGUAUUAAAAGGUCAAAGUGACAUACGGCUUCAUGGUUCCUGGAGGGAGAGCCGACGUCUCCAUGGCAACAGCAUCACUAAAUCCACCUGCCAAUCAGAUUUAAGAUUACUGUGGCCUCUAGGUGGCCCCGUAAUUUAAUCUGACGAUGUUUUUACUCACUGUGCAGCUGCUGCCCCCUUGUGGUGAGGGAACAGAACAACCCUGGCCCCGCCCUGAGGGGACACAGCAUGGGAGGGGGGGUGUAGUGGGUGACACCUGUAUCAUCGCCCCCGGCAACCACUGCAUCACCAUCAGCAUCUGCUUUCUCUUCCUGUCGGUGUAACAGGCUGCGGUACUGUGCAGCGCCCCCUGUGGCGGGCGAGAGGCGACCACAUGUCUUCUGACCACCUCUACACGCCUCGAGCACGCUUUUGGAUUGGAUGGGCACUGAGACAGGCAUCACCAUGGAAACAGAGGGGUCUCCUCGCAGCGUGGAGUCAUUGACCUGGACGAAAAAUUGCAUCAAAUAGGAAACGUUCAUCGGGUCAAUUUCUACUGUUACCUCUAGGGGGCAGCCUUUCCUACACUGCGCUCAUUAACUAACGAGUUUGAAACAGUUCAGGAUGUUCAGACUGAGUAUGGAGACCUUGGUUAAUCCUGCAGCCGAUCUGGAGCCGCUGUGAGAGCGCAUGUGUCCGUUCAGUGCCGGCAGACUCCUGAAAUCACGUUUACACACCGUACAGAGCAGCCUGUGACACACACACACACACACACACACACACACACAAGUAGCAUCAUAGAAAAAACAGAGAAAAACAAAUUUACGAAACCAUUGAACAACGACAGAUCAUGUUGAUAAAAUCAAAAUUUGUUUUUCACACAGUUUGUUGAUGCAUCUGCAGUUGCAAGUUAAAACUAAACCACACAAAGAAGAAACCAGAUAUGAACCUGAUCCAGAGACACUAACAGCUUCUCAUGAACUCAAUCAUUUUAAGAUCGACGAAAAGGAAGUGAAAACUGUCCUGAAGUCUCACAGACUAAAAUCAGACGCUCUUUUUGGAAAUCAUGGACGUACCAUCGUCCGCUAAAGAAGAGAGGGGAUAUAAGGCUUGUUCUCAACAUCCCUGAUGGUCUGGGGAUCAUCAGAGUCCAUGUCAUGGGUAUCUUUACCUCCGCCAAGGAGGUUAUGUUUUUGGUAGCGUUGGUUUGUUUGUCUGUUAGCAAAUUUACAGAGAAAGUUACAGACGGAUUGACCUGAAAUUUUCACCAGAGGUGCGUCUCAGCCCCAGGAGGAUCCAAUUACAUUUUGGUGGUGAUCCAGACAAAAUUCUGGAUACUGUGAUCCAGAACACACAAAAAUAAGGGUGUCGUUGGAAUUUUCAAUGCUGAAAGAUAACCAAUGGGCGGCACAGUGGUGUAGUGGUUAGCACUGUCACUUCACAACCAGAAGGUUCUAGGUUUGUAUCCCGGUCAGGGCAUUUCUUGUUUCAGGGGGAACAUGAGCUGCUUGGCGGAGGUCUGCGCUCUCCGAGUGCUUCUCUAGUUCACAUCUGUGAAGGCUUCAUUAACGCUGAAGAACAUCUACAAGUUUAGGAGAAACAUCUGCUGCCAUCCAGACUAUAAGACAACAGAAACUGGACGAGAUGAAGCAGCACUGUGGGAAAUAAGACCCCCACAAUCUGAUGUUUCCUCUUUUUGAUUAAAUAAAGUUUGAAUCUAUAAUAUGAUAUAAAAGGUUAAAUAAUCUGUAAAGGUUAUUUUCCUUAUUCUCCUAUAGGAAUGCAGUGAUUUUCAGAUUACCUGGGGUCUGGAGCCUUUGUGCGAUUCUGAUGCUGUUUAUUCUGAAAAUAGAUCAUCAAAAUAUUUUAAUCAUUUUUAGAAAUAAAACAGAAGAAUGUUUGUUCACCUCUCUGUCCUGACUGAAACACUUGAUUAUUUGUGCUCUUCUUUUUGUUAUCAGUGCCUUCUUUCCUGUUUUACUCAUCAACAAACUCUCUAAUCUCAUCCUCGACAUCCGUCCGAUCAGAAAUAAUAACUCAGAGUACUUUUUAAAAAGUUGAACAGACCGUCGUCCAGCUGGUUUGACCUCCUCCUCCUCCUCCUCCUCCUCCUCUCUCUCCUCCUCCUGUCUCAUCUCUCCAGUUCGGCCCGGCAGUGACACCUGGAGACCGGGCAGUACUCCUCCCUCCCUGGCCUUUCUUCAGCAGAGAUAAACUGCUCUUUUUGGUCCUGGUGGUGUCCAGGGGGGCGGUCUGGUCUUGGAUCAGCUUGGUGUGGCUCUGUCGGAGAUGCUGCUGGGUCUGAUGGGGGUCAGAGGUCACAGGUAAGCUGUCACAGGUGUGUGUAAAGCAGUUGAUGGUUGUGUCUCCGCUCAGGCUCCUGGAUGUGUGCGUGCUAAAGUCCACUCUCUCCUCUCUGGAGAUCAUCUGAGGACCAGGGCUUGAGAUAGUUGGGGUUUGUGGGUAAUGAGGACUUGGACCAGGUGUGUUUGGACUACAGAAGGGCUGGGGGGCACUGUUGUCAUAGUAACCCUCUUGGAAAAACUGGUUAAAGUUUCCAGAAGGUGAUGAGCUGAAGUCCUCGGAGCUCCACCCUCCCAGGGGGACUUCUCUGGACACGGGGCCCAGCGAGGAGCACUGAAACUGGGGGAGAGGUGACUCCAGAGGCUGCCAGGCAUCCUGAGCUGGACCAGGUGUGUCCACCUGUCUGUCCACCCCUCUGUCAAAGAGUGUGUGGACGUAGGACAGACUCUGCAGAUCAUCUCCAAACUGGGUCUGGUUCUGGAGGUCCAGGUGGGUUGAGGUCUGGUUCUGUUUGAGAUCAGACAGAAAGAUCAGAACCGAAGAAGCUUCUGGAUUAUUUUAAUCUGUCAGAAAAGAAAAGACGACGUCUCACCUGGUAGGUGUAGCUCAGGUGAGGGAAGGACGGCUCAAGAGGAGGAUCCGACCCGCCCCAGUUUGGAUCAUCAAAACCCAAAAGGUGGUUUUGGUUGUAAAGGUGCUGCUGGGACGGGGAGAGGAGGUGAGGCAGGGUCACCUGAGGCUGCAGCUCAAAGUGAGGGGAUGGGAAGUGAGGGGAGGCGGGGUGUGAGAGGUGAGGGUGAGGGGAGUGAGCAUGAGUCUGAGGGAGGAGGUGUGGAGAGGUCACCUGGAGGUGAGGGGAGCUCAGCGGGGGAUGGGAGAGGUAGUUGGGGGAAGAUACCUGAGUUUCAGGUAAGAGGUGAGGGGAGGUAACCUGUGGGUGAGGGAGGUGAUGGAAAGAGGACACCUGGGCCUGAGGUAAGGGGUGAUGGGAGGGUACCUGAGGAGAAGUGAAGAGGAAAGUGAAUGAGUGAACAGGAAUCCUGAAGGUGAAAGUAACUUUGAAGAGUUUUUAAACAAUUUCAACACGACAAGAUUUUACUUUUAUGAGACGGCGUUUUCGAUCUCUCUUGUGGUCUGACCACCAUGAUUACUUCCUCAGUUUUCAUUCGCAGUGUGUCCCUCAGGGGUCUAUUCUGAGCCCACUCUUAUUUUCUCUUAUGUCUCCUCUGCUGAAUGUUGGAAAUCAUGGCUGAACACGACAGAUUUGACUGUUAUUUAAAUGUUAUAUUUUUCAGUCUCCUCUCGUUGUUCUUUUUUCCCUCGUUGACAUUUGACUUCAACAGAUAAAUAAAGAUGUUUGUUAUUUCUCACAGCCGCUCAGGCAGCAGCUGCAUGUUUCUAAAUGACUGAGCGUGAACAGAAAUGAGUGGAAGUUUCUCAGAAUUCACACCCAGAGACGAUUUAAAACUCCACUUCCCUUCAGAUGACUCCUGACAGUUUGAGAGUGAACCUGAGUCAGCUCGUGAAAUUAGACGAGUGACGUAUUCCAUUUAUGAAUAAAAACAGCUGAUCGAAGCUCCGCUAAUAUUCAGAAAUAUAAAGAAUUAUCUAUUCAACAACUGUCAAUGUAAUAACCCGCGCUUCCAUUUAUUUAUAAUCAAACAAAUUAUUUCACUUCUUCUUUAAAAUGAAUGUGAACUGACUGAUUUAUUCAGUAACUGUUUAUAUGUUCACUCUCUGACGCACGCUGAAUAUUAAAGGCUCUUUUUACCCGACAAAAACACGGUUAUCACGCUCAGUUUUACAUUUGUGGUUAAUAAUUUUAGUUUUAGUCUUUAUGAAAAAAAAAAUUAUUCAAGCUGCAGAUAAAAAAGAUAGUAAUUAAGAUUUUCUUCCAGAUUUCAUCCUGUGUUCUGAACAGGAAUGAUGUUAAAGGUUCAUUCUGUGUUUUUAUACAAUAACAAUAAAGCGCCUUUUCUCUCUCUGUUGACUCGUAGUUUAAAAAAUGUCACAGUUCUCCUGUCUGUUCCACAAUCCUCUCAAAUCUGAACUCUGAAUAAAUAAAUAUGACAGAUUUGUCACGUCAAAAGAACAAACAGUCAAAUAAAGCAGUCAGAGUUUAGUCACAGUUUCAAACAGAAAUAAAUAAAACAGUCUCUCACCUGAAACAUCAUCGGCUCUGACUGACUGACUGACUGACAGACUGACUGUGUGUUUGUGUGUGUUUGUGUGUUGUCAGGAUGUGGUCAGAUGCUCUUCCUCUCUCUGGUCGUCUCUUUCUUCCUCACUCUGAUGUUUUCGCAGAAUAACCAGAGAGAGGGGGAGAGCUCAAAGUCUGAAUAAAUAAACUAAAAGAUAAGGAGAUUACAUUUAAAAAGUGAGUUUAAUCAUAAAAAGAAAAUCAACAGUACUGGAGUUAAAUUUUAAUAGAUGAUCAUAUCUUGUUUAAAAUGUGAAAUCUUUUUUUCACUUUUAUAAAAGAUACCAGCAGAUUUCAGAUUUGGUGCCUGAUACUAGAGUCUUCAUAAAAUAAUACAACGAAAAUGAAAGAUACCUAUAUUUAGGUAAACUAAAAAAGGAAGUACCUUUAUUUAGGUACUAAACGGUAUAAAUCCACGGGUUAGUUGAAGUACUUUAGUAGAGUAUUUAUGUGUACUCUUGAAACAUAGGAACCUUUGUCAAAGAACUCUAAACGGAAUCUUUUCCGUGUCGGACUGAGGUCACAGCCAAGCGUUAAGUUACACAAAUUAAAGCCGGAAAUGACUGUCCUAAAUCUGAUUGUGGCUCUUAUUUAUCUUUAUCGGUCGGAUAUCUGAAACUGCACACGUGUCUGUGAGGAUUUAUUUUAAUAUAUUAUUCUCUUCACAGUGAUAAACUACAAAACAUGUCUGUAAAUACAAAGUCUGUGACAAAAGAAUGAGACAAUCCCGGUGUACGAAAAUUUAACCGUUUUAUUUUGAAAGUACAAAGCGGAAGUGUGUGUUUCGUAGUUGAAGCCGGUACACUCGCUCGUUGGUCUGUUCAGGUCAGCACAAGAUUCUUAUUCACCAGUUUAUUUUUCUUUAUUUGUCAAACUAUCGGCUGAAAUCUUCGUGUUUAAAGGAAAAGUAUAUAUAAAUAUACUUAUGUUACCGUCCGUCACGGCGGAGUUGAAGUUGAAAUUGAAGUUAACAGAGCAGUAUGUCAGUCUGCAGAGGGAUUGGUCCGUCUAUCCACAUUAAAGGUGUAAACAGGUUCAUUUUAAACAUUUUAAACUCUAAACUUUUCUUUAUUUACCCUGAGAUGAGUUUUCAACCGGAAUAAAUGUUCACCUCUUCCUGCUUCGUCUUUAAAUCAUCAUAAAUCAGUAAAAAGUACCAAUGAAGUUCCUUACAUUUAGUCUACCAUCUAAAGGCGUUUAAUGUGUUUUUCCUUAAAAUCUUUUAUUUUUAUAAUUAAGUGAAAUAAAAACUAAAGUAGAAAGAUGUUGGUUUUAUUUGUGAAUUUACUUUUAAUUAAUAUUACACCGUUUUUUAAAUUGUAUUUAUAUAGUCAUACACUUUUUUUGAUACGUACGUGCAUACAUAAUAUAUAUUCAGUUUAUAUAUUUUUUUCUCUUGUUUUUUUUUUCUUCCUACGGUCAUUCAUUUCACUAAAGCAACUAAUGUUCCUCUUCUUACUCCCAUAAAUACUUUGUUUGCUGUUAUCCUUUCCUGAGAUACAGAUAAGAAGCAGAAAAUUAAAAGAGAAAAUGAUCUGAGUCGGAUUUAGAUUCUGAGCAGACCGACAAACCUGCCACACCACAGAACACUUCGGCUGUUAUUUAUUUAUUUAUGCACAUAUACGUUUGUUUUUCCUUCAUCUUUUCUCUGCUCUGUCCUGAAUUUAUGUGUGAAUAUGAUUUAUGUUUGAUCACAUGAAAAUAAAUUUAAAUAUUAUGUAAAAAAAAGAAAGCUAACGGUUUUCCUUUUUCAGUAAUAAACAGAGAAUUUUGUUUUCAAACUGCCACUUUUGUGUCAGCUGUGUAACCCGAGUCUUGAUUAAAUCUGUCUCAUUUUAGGUUCCAGUAUGUGGAGGUGAGGACGCUUUGAAAGAGACGCCAUGUUGUCUCAUAUCAAAAGGACGUUGUCUCUUUUAAGAGGCUGCUCAGCUCUUUACAGGAUUCAAACCAGCAACCCUCCAACUCAGAGCUCCUCCUCCUUUAGCAGCUUCAUCACCUCCUCUGACAGCCCGGGGCUCGUCCUGCGCUCAGAGUCCACGGACGUGUACCAGAACCUGGCUUUGGAGGACUGGAUCGACGCGAACGUGGACCUGCAGCAGCACAGCAUCCUGCUGCUGUGGAGGAACCAGCCAGCUGUGGUGAUCGGGCGCCACCAGAACCCAUGGACUGAGUGCAGCCUGCCCGCCAUGAGGAGGGCAGGGAUCCCUUUGGCUCGCAGGCGGAGCGGCGGCGGGACUGUCUACCACGACCUCGGUAACCUCAACAUGACGUUCUUCACCUCUAAGAAAGGAUAUGACAGGAAGAGGAACCUGAAGGUCGUCACGGACGCUCUGAGGAGGAUCAGACCAGAACUCAACGUCCAGGCGACGGAAAGAUUCGACAUUUUACUCAACGGACACCUGAAGAUCUCAGGUGAGCGAGGGGAGGGGUGGACUGUUAGAAGAGUUUUCUUUCUUUCAUUGUGUAAUUAUUGUUCAUUUUGACCUUUUAUUGUUGUUGUUGUUUAUGUUUCCAGGCAGCGCGUCCAGACUGAGCAGGAAGUCGUCCUACCAUCACUGCACUCUGCUCCACUCUGCCGAUCGCUCCGCCCUCUCCACCGUGCUCCAACCAUCUUGCCCCGGUAUCAUCAGCAACGCAACACCCAGUGUCCCCUCACCUGUCACCAACCUGGUGGACCACACUGCCACGCUGCAGUGGGAGGAGCUUCUGGACGCACUGACGCAGCAGUACAACACAGGUACUGGAGUUCAGUCGAUGUAAUGUGGAUAUUCAAAUAUGCGGUCUAUCUUCUGUGAGUGAAUUAGUACGGUGGCCGAGAACCGCCACUGCUGCAAAUAAAAAAAGAAUGCAAUAAAAAGAAGUGACAACAGAAAUUACUGAUGCAAGAAAAAAAGAACUCGAAGCCCGCUGCAAAUAAAAAAAAGAAAUGGUGCAGAAAAAAAAGCCACAAUGGAAGUUAAAACACACAAAAAAGUGGCAAUGCAAAAAAAAAAAAAAGUUUCUUACUGCGAAAAUAAAAGAAUGCAAAUAAAAAAAGCCACAACGGAAGUGAGCUUGUGGCAGUUCUCGGCCACUGUAAAUCAGAGAUGAAUGACACCCUCUGCUGGCCAAAGUCUGUUUCUACAACAAAAUGCAGGUGGAGGGCAGGUUAACUUGUCCAGAGGGAUUGACUGAAGAAGAAGAACAAAACAGAGCAGGAGACUCAACUUUCACCCCGUCAGAUUCCUAAAACAGAAAAUAUUCACAUAAAUUUACAAAGAUACACAAACCAUCACAAGCAGAGCUGUAAAUCUGCUCUCUCGUGUUUGAAUCAGUCAGGUAAAAGUGUAUUCCAGGUGGACUGCUGCGUUGUGAGAUCGCUGAGGGGCAUGGUCUAACAUAACUAAGGCGCCUCAAAGACAGGCACUAAUUUGUCCCUUUCUUUUUUUGGAAAAUGUUUUUUUUCCUCCAUGCUCAGAGUUUGGCUUCAGCUCUGCAUCCACCUUGGUGAACCCCACUGAUGAGGCCGCAUUUCCCGGUCUGAGCAGGAUGGAGGCAGAGCUUCACAGUUGGGACUGGACGUUUGGUAGGACGCCCAAAUUCACUGUCCAAACUGUGCUGGACCUGACAGACAGUCAAUUAAACGUCAGGUGCUCCGCCCAGCUGCACAUGGAGAUCAAGAACGGCGUGAUUGAGAGCUGUGAGCUGGACGCCCCCUCUCACUGGCUUCCACAGCAGCUGGUUGGCGAACUGUGUGGCGUACUGGUCAGGGAACGGUUUUGUGGUCAUCGAGCAGCUGCAGCGCUCACUGUACUGGUGCGAUCUGAGAGCGGCGAGCUGCAGGACAGACUGACAAACCUGUGUGAUGCUGUGGUGUCUGCAAUGGGCUGAAAAACUCUGAGAUCUGCUACCGCCCCCUAGAGGCUGACAGAGAGACCAACAGAGGAUUGACAUCUGAACUUGUCCUGUUGGCAGGAGGAAACAUCAUGGGGUCAUUAAAGAAGGUGUUUUUGUUUCCAGAUUAUACUCACAGGAAGCCAAAUAAUAAAUAAAUAAAGUUUCAAAUUGGGAUUGUUUCACUUCAACAAAUAGAUUUUUAGUUAUUUUGAAUUCUGCAGAAACCAUUUGGUCUAAAAGACUCAGCUAAAAACAAAACAUAUCUCUCUACUAUCUUACGGUUGAAGUACAUUGAUGAUUAAAAAAUUGAAAAAACAAGUAAACAUU